UUCCAUCGAAUAACCUUAACACGAACUUAGUAUUGUGUGCGUCAAUAGGGAAGUGUUUCUGUGUGUCUCAGCCCCUGAAACCGACACUGAAAUAAGUGACAUAGAAUCGCAGGGUAUAACAGCAUGGCCCGAGUGAACAUAAAACACUUGACUGACUGAACUUUAUUGCCCGGGAAAUAAAGUACAUUUAUCAAAAAGUUACAUGUAAGAGUUCGAUGUCAACCGCGGUGUGCGAGGAGACACCCAACGCAACUCUAGAAAACGGUUCACCAAGACCUGAUUCCUCCGCCCUGUUCAUUGGCGAAGGAGACGGCGAAGAAGACCCCGCGUGUCACUCUCGCACAAACGCAGGCGACGCAGACGAAGGAAACGGCACUGCUUUGCUCUCUCCUUGCGCGAGUCCGGCGAACCAGCAGGCAACACUCGCCUCAGAAACCCUCGAUCUGAAGAGAACCUGCGUGCUUUUGCUCGUCGGUGCUGGAGCUGGGAUUCCCGAAGGUGAUCUCGGCGAACCCUCGACUUCGAAGCUCCUGCAGGAGGGAAGAGAAGAGAAGAAGGCAGAGGAAGAAACGACGUCAGUCCCAAUGAGGAGCAGAGUCGACGUGCAUACUGUUGUCCUUGAAGGCUUUGCGGAGAUGUCGCAGACAAAAGGUGAACGUGGAGCUGCGGAGAAGGCUGAGGGUAUGGACACCCAGCGUGCCCUCCUCUCUCUCGUUGCUAUAUUCUUAGUGUCCUUCAGUGCUCUUGCAUUUGUAUACACAAACUUCCCACAGAUGGAUCCGGAAGAGUAUCAAUAUAUAAAGCUACCAACAGAUAUCGAAGACGCCAAGAACUUGGGUCGUGUAUUGUCUCACUACAAGAACAGAUAUUACCUUGAAGUACUAGCUGGAGUCUUUGUGACGUACAUAUUCUUACAAACAUUUGCCAUUCCUGGUUCCAUCUUCUUAUCCAUUCUCUCAGGUUUCCUCUUCAGGUGGGAAAUAGCACUGCUGCUUAUCUGCUUCUGCUCGGCUACUGGUGCUUCCUUCUGCUACCUGCUCUCUUACCUAGCAGGCAGACCUGCUGUCCUUAAAUAUAUGCCAGAACGCACAAAGUCAUGGCAAGAAAAGGUUGACAAGCAGAGGGAUAAUUUACUCUUCUACAUCAUCUUUCUACGCAUCACGCCUUUCCUUCCAAACUGGUUCAUCAACAUCACCAGUCCUGUCAUUAAUGUGCCUCUGAUGCCGUUUUGGUUUGGAACUUUUCUAGGUGUUGCCCCACCGAGUAUACUAGCAGUACAAGCAGGUACUACUUUAUAUGAACUAACUUCUUCCAGGGAUGCCUUUUCCUUAACUUCUGUGGUACUAUUGGGUCUAGCAGCUUGCCUCUCCCUUGUGCCAAUCCUCCUAAAGAAUCGCCUACGAGAAAAGUUUGACUAGGGCCUGCUACCUUCCUUGGGUCCAGUGUGGAGGUCAAAAAAGCACCAAAAACAAGCCAAGACAUCUGCCAAGAAAUCUGUUUCUUCCUUGUCUCCAUGUUCAUCAGAAAGGGGCAGUCGAAACAAGAGGGUCAGGAGGGCCUUUGUCCUUCUUUCACGGAGACGGGUUGUCAGGCAGCCAGCUGUGGGAGAGACCAGUCUACCUGGACCAGCUGUCCUGCAGCAUCAUUCAGCUGCUGUGUCACCUGUACACUUGGCAGAAUACAGUGAAGAGCCCAGUGUGGAGAUGGUGAUCAUUGUCCACUCAGGGCACUGACUUUGGUUUUUAUUUCUUUUAAUCUGUAGUUUCAUAUUAUUUGUAUUCAGAUAUGAAUUUGAAGUUAAUGAAAGAUUGAAGUUUCUACCUACAGUAACUUCUUGAGAUUUUUACUUUUAAAGAGUAGUGAAGUUCACCUUUUUUCUUUCUUUCGUAGACUAGGAGAGAUUGGAGUCAAAUGUGAUGCAUAUAUCAAAGUUUCACCAUUUCCAUGAAUGGAUGAGAGCUGUGGUUAAUGAAUGUAACUCAUGUCUGAUUGUAUGUUAUCUGGCAUCUCUUCCAUUAUAUCUGAAUGUUCAAAAAUGUAUGUGUAAUGUUUGUAUGGACAGCAAUGUCUGUCAGAGCAGUUAUGUAUCUUUACUAGGAAAAAUAAUAAAUGUACACAAAUAUACCAUAAAGCUUAGCACUUCUCAAUAGACAUACCUGCGCCCCCCCCCCCUACCUAUCCCUCAUCAAUAGACUGUUCUGUGAGUGUGUGACAAUUUACUGCCCAGUGUUAAGAAACUAGUAAUGCUGGAGGGUCACAUACUGUAGUUGCAAGAAAUUUUCAGAUUUUGCUACCCUACAUAAGCAAAAGAUAUUUUGCAAACCAUCUAUAUCUGAACUCCAGAUUAAGUAACCUUGUCAAAUAGUGAGAAAAUUUUCCUUUAAGUACGUAUAUCAGUAGAGUGGAAAUACUUGAGGCAAAAUCCGUCCAUAUACGUAAUUAAGCUGAGCAGCUGAGUUGUUGCUCCAUUUGUCACUUUGAAUAUAUGUGUUCAGAUGAUAUUCAUCAUUAAUUCAAAAUAGAUCAAAAUCCUCCAGAAAAUGCAUUUGCAUUUGACAUGGGUCUAAAUUCAACAGAUAUUUUUCAUUUGGGUGGUAUGAAGUGAAAAUAUUAAAAGAUCUGUGAUCUGAUAACAGCAGGGACUAAGAGAAAGGAAUAUACUGUUUAAUGGAAAUGCAAAAUUAUAGUAAGUACAUAUUGUCUUUUUAGUCUUUUUUUCUCUCUGAUAGACUUAGGUUGAAGUCUCAAAAAAAAAAAUAAUAAUAAAAUAAAGCAAUUUCAAAAUUGCCAUCAGUUCAUAUGCCAAAGCUGGUAUAUUUGUAAUACCCCCUUUUGUGAUAUACCUACAUGAUCAUUCAAACCUUUGAUAGUUUAUCUGACUUUACUGCAUAACCACCACUUUGGGCUGUUGCCAAAGUACAUGUAAAUAAAGAUGCAGAAGUGUGCAGAUAUAUGCUAAUUUGCAAUGUGAGAGUGAAUGUAGUGAGAACCGUGUCAGUGAACUUCAUUUAAUUUUCUUUAUCUUAUGGUCCUAUUUAUUUAUGGUUUAUCAACUGGUGCAAAAAGCCUUUUGAAUGGCAAAUAAAGCAGAUCCCUGUAAAA